AUGUCUACUGAGUUACAAAUAAAACUUCGUAAUUUCUUAAUUAAUGCAGAAGAACAGCAUAUAACCUCAGGAUCAGUCAUCUAUAAAGCUAUAGAAGAUAAUCCAUGGGUAGAAAAAGAUGAAUUGAAAGAUAUUAUAAAAAAGGCGAUAUCAUUUGCUAAAAAGAGAAGUAUUCAGGGUUCCUUGCGAUACGAGAUACUUUGUAAUAUUCUUCCAGAGGAUUUAUUUUCGGCUGUAAAUAAAGUAUCUGUAUCAGAAUUAACUUGGAAGGAUCCGUUGGGAAGUCAAGUUAUUUCUGACUAUUCAGAUAUAGUACAAAAUUUGUCCCCUGACUCGCAGAAAUCUUUUAUGAAAGUAGUUCCAAACAUGGUGCCUGAAUCUCUUCCGCCAAUCGUAGAAAAUAGAUGCGGUGAAUUUGUAAGGAAUUUCGUUACUUGUGGUCAUACUCAGUUACCUCAGGCACUUAUACAUGAUGGAAAAUGGAAGGAGUCGGACGAAAAGUUAGCUGAAGUCACGAGUAGGAUCUUGGAAACAUUGAAUAACUCUUGGAAUAAUCCGGCAUUUGGCCCAGAACAUGCUGAGUCGCUAAACGAGGGGACAUAUGUAACUAACAUGAUAGUACCCGCAAUUCAAGCUUCAUUAAAGAAUCUUCCCUAUGGAAAGAACUGCUAUAUUAGCACAGAAUUAAAUACCAAACUUACAGUUGAGAUUAGCAAACUUAGAAAAAAGUAUGCUAAGAUUAAAGCUAAGAAUAUCAAAGUUGAAGCUGAGAAUACAAAAUUAAAACAAGACAAAGAAGAGGUUGAAGCCAGAUUCCUGAAUCUAGAACAGAGAGAUAGAAAAAAAACUGAUCUUAUUACUAAACUGAAACAUGAUGUCUUACCAAUCAAGGAGCAGAGCUUGCAAAACAGAGGCAAUAGAUAUACUAACAACAUAUCUGAUAAUGCAGAAUAUUGA